AUGGAGCACUGGGAAGCGCUGCAACGGGCGGCCCUGUCUGGCGACCCCGAGGCAGAGCAGCUGUCAGGCAGAAUAGUGGGUCGUUUGGACACGGACCAAGACAGAGCUCGCUAUCUUGCUGGCUACAUGCAACAGGCCGGCGACUUGGAGGCGUGGCAGGGCAUCUACAAGGCCAUGGAGUUCGAUGACAAGCUCGAGGAGCAGUGGAGGUCUUUGCAGGCAGCGGCCCUCAACAUGGACAGGUUGGCGGUGCUGCUGGCGGGGGUGGUCCAGAAUCGCAGUAAAGGCGAGGGCCAAGAAGCUGUCACCUUGCAAAGGCUGCUCAAAGCCUGCCACGCACAGUCAUGGUGCGACAUCAACUAUGGCGUGGCUUCUGCGCUCAUGAACAGCAUCCCGGCACUUUGCGAUGAGGAGGACCUUGAUAGCGAGCAGGCAGGUCCAGUCACUGGUGCUUCGCCCCAGGCCAAUGACGCAUGCGAGUUUGAGCGACAGGACAUGGAGAGGCAGAGGAUGUUUGACGCACGCGCCUUGGAGGUGAAGGUGGACACCUACGCUCCCGUGAGUAGCGAUGAGAACGAUCGCUAUGUUGGAGACAUGGAGGCAGUUGCUGACGGGGAUGUGGUGUACUUUGACCGCGUGCGUCGGACUGGAGCUCACGGACCCACUGUGCUCCGUGUCCUUGGUGACGUGGCCGCGCAGUGCUCGCGCGGCUGUGUGAAGACCUUCAAGGCCGUGUUCAUAGAGGAGAAGGGGAUGGUUGAGUUGGGCAUGAAGGGCCGUCGUCACUCUGGCCGUCUCACGCCCAAGCAGGUCCAGCACGGCUUGGGCAAGUUCCGGGGUUUGGCUCCCUGCCACCUUGGCACCAGCAUCUUCUGCCUGCCUCGCUUCCUGAGGGAUGUGCUGCGGGCUGGGCUGAAGGUGCACAACAUCGACACCUUUGCCACUGAGCCGCUGGCAGCGCGUUUUGCUUUGGAGAUGCGGCAGAUCAGGAAGGCCGAUUGCGGCGCCAGCGCGGAGAAGAUGAAGAAGCUGAAGCAGGUGACGCCUCGACCGGCAGAGUACCUGCAGUAUGCCUUGAACACUGCCAAGGAGAGGGGUGGCACGGUUCUGGCGUUGGAGCACGACGGCCUGUUUGUGCAUUUGCCGGCGGAGGAGUUCGAGACGUUCAACCGCGACAUGCAGUGCGCCCUUGGCGUGAACUACCCGUACACCCUGCAGCCAACGCCCUCUGUGGAGAAGGCCUUGGAGAAGGCAAAGCUUGUGAUGUGCCAGGGCCCGCUGGAGCAUCUCUGGCACCUCAAGGACGAGGAAUGGCGGACACACCACCACCUGAUCUGCCAGGCCUACGCGGGGAAUCUUGCGCAUCACGGCCUGUUCGCAGAGGUGAUGCUUCGCUCCCCGGCAGUCAACACAAACAUCCCCUACGGCAUCACCCAGAUCUUCAAGAUACUGGUGGACACAGGGCACAAGGCAUGGUACUCAUGCCAGCACCUGCAGUGGAUCAUCACCGGAGAUUCUGCCAUGGACUCCUUGAAAAGCUGCAUGCAGAUCAUUGCCCAGCGAGACUUGGGGCACUACCACACAACCUGGCCAACAGAAAGCAACGAGGAGUUCGUGCUGGUGCGCUUGGAGCGGGCUACACGGCUGACGGCAGGGGCCCCGGCGGCCGACAUCUACAGCGCCCUGCAGAAGCACCUGGAGACCAAGAUGGAGGAGGGCAAGAUCUCGGUGGAGGUGAAUGGCAAGCGCCGCAAGUGGUCCUGCGCGGAUCUUCUGAAGCAGGCUGGCCUGGUGGAGAAACGCACCAAGACGGUGUUGGGUGUCGAUGGCAAGCGCCGGAAUGUCUACGUGCUGCUCUACCGCUUUCCCAAGGCAGAUGGCGGCAAGGACCCCAUUGAGAGCGGC